AUGUCGAGUAAUAUCCUCGGAAGUUUAACCGCGUUUGACCACAAUUCCCAGGAAUGGGAGAUUUUUAAAAGCAGAUUAGUACAAUAUAUUAAGUUAAAUGGGGUGACGGAGGCAAAUAAGUGUGCCUUGCUUUUAACUCACUUAAGUGACGAGACAUUCCGACUGGUGAGGAACUUAGUGCAUCCGAAGAAGGUCGAGGAUUCUAAGUUCGAGGAGCUAGUAGCAGUGUUAGAUAAACAAUUAGCGCCAAAACGUUGUAUUUUCGUCGAACGGGCGAAAUUUUAUGAGGCGACGCGUGACGUUGCAGAAAACAUCGAACAAUGGGCGGCUCGAGUAAGUGGACUUGCAGUACGAUGCGAGUUUGGAGCCUCCUUGGAUGAGCUGCUUAGGGACAGAUUCGUGCUGGGGCUGAGCGUAGGCCCAGAGCGCGACCGGCUGUUCGAGCAGGAUGCCACGUUGACGUUCGCGAAGGCCGUGGAAGUGGCCCAGAAGGCUGCGUAUGCCAGGAGCGCACGUACUACGUCUGUUCCAGCUGCCGUCGUGCAAGUCAAGCAGGAGCCGAUGUACCGGGUUGGUACAAGUCGCCCUGGUACCGGGGGGUCCUCGGACUCUCGACGCUGCUCCGUGUGCGGCCUUAAGAGCCACGACGCCAGUAAAUGUAAAUACAAGAACUACCGCUGCCAGGGGUGUGGACAAAAAGGGCAUCUAAAAAAGGUGUGCAGCGCUGAGAAGGCAAAACAGUGUCGUGUUAACUGCAUUCAAGCUGACCUCGACGGAUCAGCUGAGGUCUCUCAGAGUGCUGAAGGUUGCAAGGAGUGCGAGCUAUUUAAUUUAAGGUUUCAAAAUUAAAGGGGAAGGAGUGAGGUGUAUGCGCCCGCGCCGCCCCCACCAGUCAGUAAUAAACUAGCUUCGUUACAUACCGGUUGUUGGUUAUUUCGCACCCCAAGUACU